UGGAACACAAGCAAGACUCUUUCUUCUUCACAUAAAUCUCUUCACGUGUUUCAUCCUCCGAAUCUAAUUUUCUUUCAGAUCUUAACUUUUUCUCUCUCUUUCCUUCGGCCGAUUACGGGAAGUUCGAAGCUUCCCAUGGUGCAAUUCGGGUUUGGAAUUGGAAGAACCCUAAUCCAAGCUUGAUAUCGCCGUUAAUCGAUCGGUGGGAGGAGGAAAGCGGGUCGAAUUUUCGGUUUGUAGGGUCUAAUUUGUCGGUAAGUCGGAUUCAGUGAAGCUUUUUUUCCCCUUCCGAUGGAGCAGCUGAAGACGAUCGGGAGGGAGCUGGCGAUGGGAUCGCAGGGAGGGUUUGGUCAGUCGUCGGAGUUUCUCGAUCUGGUCAAGUCGAUCGGCGAGGCUCGAUCCAAGGCUGAGGAAGAUAGGAUCGUGUUCAACGAGAUCGAGACUCUGAAGCGGCGGCUUCUAGAGCCAGACGUGCCGAAGCGGAAGAUGAAGGAGUACAUUAUACGGCUCGUCUACGUCGAGAUGCUCGGCCAUGACGCCUCCUUCGGCUACAUUCACGCCGUGAAGAUGACCCACGACGACAGUCUCCUCCUCAAGCGCACUGGUUACCUCGCCGUCACGCUGUUCCUCAACGAGGAUCACGACCUAAUCAUCCUCAUCGUGAACACGAUCCAGAAAGAUCUCAAAUCCGACAACUAUCUCGUUGUUUGCGCGGCGCUUAAUGCAGUGUGCAAGCUGAUUAACGAGGAGACGAUUCCGGCGGUUCUGCCUCAAGUGGUGGAUCUUCUGGGUCACCAGAAGGAAGCUGUGAGGAAAAAGGCAAUCAUGGCUCUGCAUAGAUUCUACCGAAAGUCGCCAUCUUCGGUUUCGCAUUUGAUCUCUAACUUCAGGAAGAAACUUUGCGAUAACGAUCCAGGAGUAAUGGGUGCGACCCUUUGCCCGCUUUUCGAUCUCGUAAGUGCCGAUGUUAGCUCCUACAAGGAUUUGGUCAGCAGCUUCGUCAGCAUUCUCAAACAGAUUGCUGAGAGAAGAUUGCCAAAGAGUUACGAUUACCAUCAGAUGCCCGCACCGUUCAUCCAGAUCAAGUUGCUGAAGAUUCUGUCAUUGCUGGGAAGUGGUGAUAGGAGUGCUAGUGAAAUGAUGUACACUGUGAUAGGAGAUCUGUUCAGGAAGUGUGAUUCCUCUACCAAUAUCGGAAAUGCUAUCCUUUAUGAGUGUAUUUGUUGCGUUUCUUCUAUACAUCCAAAUCCCAAGUUGUUAGAAGCAGCAGCUGAUGUGAUCUCCAGGUUUUUGAAGAGUGACAGUCACAAUCUGAAGUAUAUGGGCAUUGAUGGUCUUGGUAGACUGAUAAAAAUAAGUCCAGACAUAGCUGAGCAACACCAGCUUGCUGUAAUAGAUUGUUUGGAGGAUCCAGAUGACACACUAAAGAGAAAGACCUUUGAAUUACUGUACAAGAUGACAAAGUCCUCUAAUGUGGAAGUGAUUGUUGACCGCAUGAUCGGCUACAUGAUUAGUAUCAGUGACAAUCAUUACAAAACCGAGAUAGCUUCUCGUUGUGUUGAGUUGGCUGAGCAAUUUGCUCCGAGCAAUCAAUGGUUCAUUCAGACUAUGAACAAAGUUUUCGAGCAUGCUGGAGAUAUAGUUAAUAUUAAGGUGGCUCAUAAUCUGAUGCGUUUGAUUGCUGAAGGCUUUGGGGAGGACUAUGACGAUGCAGACAGCAAGCUUAGGUUAUCAGCUGUGGAAUCAUACCUGAGGAUCAUUAGCGAGCCAAAGCUUCCGUCUCUUUUUCUUCAGGUCAUUUGUUGGGUCUUGGGAGAAUAUGGGACGGCUGACGGGAAGUAUUCAGCUUCUUAUAUUACUGGAAAGCUAUGUGAUGUGGCAGAGGCAUAUUCAAGUGACGAAACCGUCAAGGGCUAUGCUGUUUCUGCACUUAUGAAGAUAUAUGCAUUUGAAAUCGCAUCUGGGAGAAAGGUGGAUGUCCUUCCAGAGUGUCAAUCUUUGAUCGAACAGCUACUGGCUUCACAUUCAACAGAUCUUCAGCAACGUGCAUACGAGCUUCAGGCUGUGCUUGCAUUAGAUGCCCAUCCUGCUGGGAGCAUAAUGCCAUUAGAUACCAGUUGCGAAGAUAUCAAGGUUGACAAGGACCUUUCUUUUCUCAAUGGCUACAUCCAACAAGCUAUCGAGAGUGGAGCUCAACCCUAUAUUUUUGAAAGUGACCGUUCUGCAGCAUUCAGUACCAGCGAUUUCCAUUCCCAAGACCUCCAUGAAGUUUCUUCCCACGCUCUUCGUUUUGAAGCCUAUGAACUUCCGAAACCCGCAAUUCCGUCAGUGCCACAACCUGUUUCUCUUGCUGCAUCGACCGAGCUUGUGCCAGUACCAGAGCCUUAUUACAGCGAGACACCUCAGUCAAUUUCAACAUCAUCAGAAAUCAAGCUGCGGCUAGAUGGAGUUCAAAGGAAGUGGGGUCAACCGACUUACUCUUCUGCCUCAUCAUCUAUACCAGAUUCUUCUACUCAGAGAUCGGCUAAUGGGGCAUCUACUCACUCAGAUGGAGUUGGUUCAACUAGUUCAAAGAAGCCUGAAAUUGAUCCUGAGAAACAGAGACUUGCUGCCUCGUUGUUUGGUGGAUCAUCAUCAUCACCAUCAAGAACUGAGAAAAGGGCAUCAUCUUCUGGUGGCCAGAGGGCUGGAAAAGGGCACAACCAUGGAGGUAACAAAACCGCCAUGCCCAUGGAAACUCCACCUCCUGACCUGCUAGACUUGGGUGAGCCCACUGCUUCUGCAAUUACAAGCAGUGACCGAAUGACCGAUCCAUUUAAGGAUUUAGAAGGGCUUAUCGAGACGAGUCGAGAUGGUACUUCAAGUCAUACCGAAGCACCGAAUUUCAUGGAGCUAUUCUCAGAUGCACCUGCAACUGGUGAAGUCACUACCAGUGUGGAUGCUCUGUUAUCAGGAGGAUUAUCAGACACAGACCCAGUUCCAAACCCUAGCUCGCAGACACAAGUAGCUCAGUUCUCAAAGGGACCGAGCCCGAAAGACGCAAUACAGAAAGACUCACUUGUCAGGCAGAUGGGUGUCAAUCCGACGGGCCAGAACCCUAACCUGUUCAAAGAUCUGUUCGGCUAGGAUCUCUCUGUCCGGCAAGGAACAUGCUAUGCCAGAUCACACGCACGGGUAAUGUGACAGUAUAGAGACAUGGUUCGGAUCUCAGGCAGAGGUUUUGUACUUUAAAAACCGACAGAAUGUUCGUUCUACACAAAAGGGUCGGUCUCAUCUCGAGCUCUGGUUUUUGUCUGCCGAGAGUUCUGUCAUGUUGUUUCUAUCAAAUACUGCAUCUUUUCAUAGUGUUUCUCUCUCUGUUCUGUUCUUGUAAUAAAUGUUCCCGAGAAGUUUAUUUCGCAAUAAACGUGGGUUCCGUGAUA